AUGGAGCUCAGCGAGAUGCUCUACAACAAGUCCGAGUACAUCGAGACGGCCUCCGGCAACAAGGUGAGCCGGCAGUCCGUGCUGUGCGGCAGCCAGAACAUCGUCCUCAACGGCAAGACCAUAGUUAUGAACGACUGCAUCAUCCGUGGUGACCUGGCGAACGUGCGGGUGGGGCGGCACUGCGUGGUCAAGAGUCGCAGCGUCAUCAGGCCGCCCUUCAAGAAGUUCAGUAAAGGGGUGGCUUUCUUCCCUCUGCACAUUGGUGACCAUGUCUUCAUAGAAGAGGACUGCGUUGUCAACGCGGCGCAGAUCGGCUCCUAUGUGCACAUAGGCAAGAACUGUGUCAUUGGACGUAGAUGUGUUUUGAAAGACUGCUGCAAAAUCUUAGACAACACAGUACUCCCCCCUGAAACCGUAGUUCCACCUUUCACUGUCUUCUCAGGCUGCCCAGGACUCUUCUCUGGGGAGCUCCCAGAAUGCACCCAGGAACUCAUGAUUGAUGUUACCAAGAGCUAUUACCAGAAGUUCUUGCCACUCACUCAGGUGGCCUCUGGCAGGGCCUAAAACCAAGCCACCACUGAAGAUCCCUAACACCCAGCAUUGUUAACAUUCCUUACACUGGCCACUUUCUUCUCCUGCCUCUGAAGCGUCCCUCUGACCUGGGCUCACCUCUCCG